GGCUGGCCUCGAUAUCAAUGUAAGCGUGGAUAACCAACAUGGCGGCGGGUCCGAUCGCCGAACGUAAUCAAGAUGCCACAGUAUAUGUUGGUGGACUUGAUGACAAGGUGUCAGAAGCAAUCCUAUGGGAAUUAUUCCUACAAGCUGGUCCUGUGGUAAAUGUCCAUAUGCCCAAGGACCGCGUGACACAAACACACCAGGGAUAUGGUUUCAUUGAGUUCUUGGGAGAAGAGGAUGCAGAUUAUGCCAUUAAAAUUAUGAAUAUGAUCAAAUUAUAUGGGAAACCAAUAAGAGUGAAUAAGGCCUCAGCACACCAGAAGAAUUUGGACGUGGGUGCCAACAUCUUUAUAGGCAAUCUGGACCCUGAGGUCGAUGAAAAACUGUUGUAUGACACAUUUAGUGCAUUUGGAGUGAUUCUUCAGACUCCCAAAAUUAUGAGAGAUCCAGAUACAGGGAACUCUAAAGGCUACGCCUUCAUCAACUUUGCUAAUUUUGAUGCCUCUGAUGCUGCAAUAGAAGCAAUGAAUGGCCAAUACUUGUGUAACAGAGCAAUCACGAUAUCAUACGCCUUCAAGAAAGAUUCCAAGGGAGAGAGACAUGGAUCUGCAGCAGAGCGCCUUCUGGCAGCCCAGAACCCCCUAGCGCAGGCAGACAGACCUCACCAGCUGUUUGCUGAUGCGCCACCACCCCCUGCUGCACCUGCAGCUCCAGCUAUUCCAUCAAUGGCGCCUCCACCCCCUCCUCCAUCCAGUGUGGGACCUCCUUCUGGUGUUCCUCCACCUCCUAUGGGAAUGCACCCAUCAAUGACAGGUGCCCCGCCCCCACCAUUUCCCCCACCACCAGGUGGGAUGCCUAUGCCACCACCCCCUGUACCACCCCCUGGAGGAAUGGGCGGAUACCCACACCCUCCGAUGGGAGUGCCACCCCCAGGUGGAAUGCCACCACCUUUUCCGCCACCUCCAAGACAACCCCCACCCCCAACGUCUGGAGCUCCAACAAGUUCAGCAGGUGGGGCCUCCAAUAACAACCAGCCCCCACCGCCUCCUAGGCCACCUGGUCCACCGCCUCCAGGUUGGAACCAGGGGUGGAACAUGGGACCUAUGGGUCCCCCCGGCAUGCCACCCCCUCCCGGGAUGAGACCUCCCCCUGGAUGGAGAGGACCACCCCCCAGAGGACCACCUCCACCAUUUAUGCGCGGACCCCCACCUCGUGGGAUGCCACCCCCCAGGGGCAUGAGACCUCCACCCCCAAGAGGACCCCCAGGAAUGCGACCCCCUCCCCCGCCACCGCCACCAGCUCCUCCAAGACAACCGAACAACAACAGCAGCAGCAGCAACAACAGCACCAGUUGGUGAUCAGGUUGAUAUGUGAAGUGACAGAGGCUUUUGAAUUCCUCAGUUUUGAGAGAAACUGGGUUAUGAUACAGUGGCUUAACUGGGACAGACAGGUCUCUGUGUAGAUACAAAAGAGAUACUUUUGUCUAAAAGGCAGCUGAUAUUUACUCCGUCUACAUUUGAGAAUGUGACAGUUUGCUUUUUAAGGCAGAGACGUAGUGGAACUGUGAACUGAUGGAGAGAAACAAAUACUUAUUCUGAUGAAAAUUCAUCUGUGGAUUUGUCUAAAGUUAUUACAAUUUAAGUUAAAACAGUCUAAUUUGUACACAGUUUCUGGAAGCCACUUUCAGACUUUUCAGUCUCAUUAAAGUUAUUUAUAUGUUUAGAGAUAGGCAUAUUAAGUUUCAGAACUGUACACUUGAAAGAGGAAAUUGUUUGGAGGUGUGAAGCCCAAGUGAUGUUACUUUUCUCUUGUGUGACAAGACUCAGUUCAGGGACCAAUUGUAUUGUAUGGGAAUGAACAGAAAGAUAAAAACUAUUGUUAUUUCAAAAACAAAUUGUGUGAUUAUUUGUCACAUAGACUGUAAUUAUAUUAAAAUAUUACAUGUUUAUCCUUACUGCAGGAUGGGGCUGCUACUUUUUUACUGUUCUUUUAAGAACUUCAAAAAUGUGCCCUUUUCAAAAUGAGAUAUGACAAUUGUAUUUCAAUUUGAUUUAGUUCUGUUGUCAUUGUCAUCAUGAAAUGGAGGCUACAGUGCUUCUCGAUAGUAAACCUUGCGUACUGACCUUGAAAGCUGAGGUUCUUUCUUUCAUUAAUGAGUAAAAUUUGCUGAAAACCAAGCAUUGAAAAACAAACACCAGUGCAUGAUUUUCAGAAUCUUUAUUACAAUACCUCAUACAGACUGUUUGAUUGUAACAAGAUAGACAAUAGCAUUAUGGGAUGGACAAUAAUAUUAUGGGAUGGAGCAGGACAGGCUUUUGAUCAAUUAUUCACAUUUGCUCUGUUUAUUUUACACUUGAAUAAAAAA